GCCUAGUCGAGCCCCCCCCAAGAAACCAUAAUUAAUCAAUCGCAACUAUCAAUCUUUCAUCACAUCACUUCUCUUCUUCCCCCACGCCGUCACCAUCUUCAUCCCAAUACUCAAAUACUUGUUUCUUUAAUCAUUAAAUCUACUCUCCUCACUCACACACACCAUGUUCCGUCGUCUUGCUACCGUUGUUCCUCGCUCGGGUGUGCUCGCGCCUCGCAGCAUCACCCCGGCCGUCUCCGGCAUCCAGCAGACCGUGAGAGCGACUGCUGCUCCCCAGCAGCGCAGAGGAUACCAUGAGAAAGUGUUGGACCACUACUCCAACCCCCGUAACGUCGGCUCCAUGGCCAAGUCCAUCGACGUUGGUACCGGUCUCGUCGGCGCCCCGGCCUGCGGCGAUGUCAUGAAGCUCCAGAUCCGCGUGGACAAGGACACCAACAAGAUCAGCGACGUCAAGUUCAAGACUUUCGGCUGCGGCAGUGCCAUCGCUAGCUCGAGUUAUUUGACUGAGUUGGUCCGUGGAAUGACCCUUGAUGAGGCCGCCAAGAUCCGUAACACCGAUAUUGCCAAGGAAUUGUGCUUGCCUCCUGUUAAGCUCCACUGCUCCAUGCUCGCCGAAGACGCCAUCAAGUCCGCCAUCUCGGAUUACUACACCAAGAACCCCCGCGCCCAGAAGACCGAUCUGUCGGGUACGGGCGCCUCGAUCCCUCAGGUGCAGGUGGAGAUGGAGCAGACUAGCAGUGCUACUGCCUAGAUCUCCCACCUCCUACCAGAUACCACUUCUAGCUUGAAAAUUGAAAAAUUCAAACCGAUGAAAAAAAGGAUGCAAAAGUCGAAGACUCGGAUACGGAUACGGAUACAGAUACCAUGAUUCCCGCGAUUGAUUGAUUGAUUGAUUGAAUACCGGAGGAUGCAGAAUGAUAUACUGCAGUGAGUGCAGUGGGAUGAAUGAGCGUGAUAAAAUGGACGGACGGAUGGAUGGAUUCCCACAAAUAGGUUCCUGACAGGACUCGGAAUUUUCUUACUUUUCUUUUGUUCUCAAUAAUGAUGUAUAGCAUUUCACUUACUCCAAUUUCUGCUCUUUUUUUCCUCCUCAGCAAAGCAAUACAAGACAAGCACUAAGUGUAAUGGUUACCCCCUGAUCGAUUAAAUAUACACAAUCCAACAGGACUUAAAUGAGAA